AUGGCUACAGUGGAGGGUGUGACGGAAGUGCGGCCGAAGCUGUACCUUUCCGCACGUGAUGCAGCCACAGUUUUGAAAUCGCUGACCGUCCUUGGCAUUUCGCACAUCCUGUCCGUUGGCUCAGAAUUCCCAGCGCGCUUGGGCAAUGCCGCAUUGGAUGAGAAACAGAUGAAGAAGAGGAAGAUGGAUGGCCGGUCUUCUGCGGGACGUUUGUACCUCCAACAUGGAGGUAAGAAAGAUCCAUUUGUCAGACUCUUUCUGCCCGUGGAAGAUGCCAAUGACCAGGACCUGUCUCAGCACUUCGAUGAGACUCGACUCUUCAUCUCAGAGGCUUUGGCCCAAGGGAAGGUGUUGGUGCACUGCACCCAGGGCCGCUCCCGCAGUGUGGCUGUGGUGGCGGCAUUUCUGAUGCAAAAGGAGAAGAUCUCCCUGGGUAAGGCCCUUCUGUCCAUCAAGGAGAAGCGUCCUGAGAUCGACUGUAGGACCAGCUUUUUGGACCAGCUUCGGUCUCUGGAGGAGGAGCUUCAAGUGGCACCUGCAUCUCCCAAGACCCUGGAGGCGGCCGGCGCGCUCAAGAAGGAGCUGGCUGAGGUCAAUCCUAAGGUGUUUAUGGAGAUUUCCUUCGAUGGGCAAUCCGCAGGGCGCAUCGAGUUCGAUCUCUUCUGUGACGUGGCGCCGGAAACCUGUGAGAACUUCCGUUGCCUCUGCACUGGCGAGAAAGGCCGGGGCCAAAGUGGGAAGCGUCUCACAUAUCUGGGUGCUGUGUUCCAUUGCGUCAUCCCCGGCUUUGUGGCGAUUGCUGGUGACAUCACUGAGGGAGAUGGCACCGGGGGAGAGUCCAUCUAUGGAUACUCCUUCAAAGACGAGAAUUUCGAGGUGAAGCAUGACAGUGAGGGAAUCUUGUCCAUGGCCAAUUCGGGACCUGAUAGCAACGGGUCGCAAUUCCUUAUUUGCUUCGCGGCGAGUCCCAAACUUGACGGAAAGAACGUGGCCUUUGGCAAAGCGGUCUCCACUGAUGUGCUGAAACUCAUCGAGGCCUGCGGCAGCGAGUCGGGGGAGGUCUCCAAGCGGAUUACCAUCCUGGACUGUGGCGAAGUUCCACAACCAGGACGUCAAGUGAAGCGCCAGCGCAGUGACAGUGCUGCCGUUGCUGGAGAGGUGGUGAUGGUGCUGCAGCUGUUGCGGAAGCACAAGGAGUGUAAGAAGGCCAGUAGCUGGCGAGAGGCCAACAUCAGCUGCAGCAAAGAAGAUGCGCAGAAGGUGCUCCAGAGCUUCAGGCAAGCCCUUGGUGCUGUGGAAGGCAGCCAGCGGAGAGCCAAAUUUGAGGCGCUGGCGCGUGAAAACUCGGACUGCAAGUCCGCCAAGAAAGGAGGCCUUCUGGAUCCCUUCGAGCGGGGGAUGAUGAACAAGACCUUUGAAAACGCGGCCUUCGCAUUGAAACCUGGAGAGCUGUCGGAAGUGUUCUCCACGAAACAAGGGGAGCAUUUGUUGCUUCGUCUCUGA